CUCCCCGCGCCUGCGCGUCCGGUGCCGGCUGCCAUCUUGAGGUGAGGGGCGCGCUGAGGCGGCCGCAGCACUGCAGAAUGGAGAACUAUAAGAAGACCAAAAUCGUGGAGAAGCCUUGUCCACUUCCUUUCACUGACCUGCCCGCUGAUAUCAUUGAGAUGAAGGUGAAGGACGGGAGCAAAAUCAGGAAUCUGAUGGGCUAUGCCAUGAGCAAGAUGGAGCAGGAGUCGGUGAGGCAGAUUCUCUUCACUGGCUCGGGCAAGGCCGUCAGCAAGACCAUCACCUGUGUGGAAAUCAUGAAACGACGGCUCAAGGAGCUGCACCAGAUCACCAAAGUGCUCUUCAGGCAGAUCGAGGAGAUGUGGGAACCCAUCGUGCCCGAGGCAGGCCUUGAUGCCUUGACAGUGAAGAGGAACAUUCCUGCUAUAUGUGUCCUGCUCAGCAAAGACCCCCUGGACCCUCAGGAGCCGGGGUACCAGGCUCCAGGAUCCUUUGAUGCCUUCUGGACUGAGACACUCAGCGCAGAGUCCCAGGGCCAGAUGAAGAGGAAGCAGGGCGGGGGCCGGGGCGCUGGGAGCAUGGGGAAGCACCCGCGCUCCACAGGGGCAGCGUCGGGGGAGCUCUGAGCCUGGCCCGGGGGGCUGCAGGGCUGCUGCUGACACGGGUCAGGGGAGGGCAGGACUCCCGAAACUGCCUGUGACUGUGGCUGUCUGAAACUGUGUUUUGAGGAGUUCGCUUGCCAAAGGCUGCCAGGCCGUGCUCUGUAAUGGGUCGGGGAAGGCGGGAGUUGCCUCUGCGUGAGCAAGGACUGUCGGUGUCCUGUCAGUGAGCCCCGGUGGAGGGGCUGCUCAUCCAGCCGGAUUUCGGCUGCCAGGCGGUGCAGCAGCCCAGGCUGGGGGAUAGACACCUGGCUGUGUGCCAGGUACAAAGGGCAGACGGGACCUGACAUGGAAUUCCGUUGCAUUCCCAGGGCUGUGAGUGGGCAGACAGUGGGAGACAGGGCUGGGUUGGCCAAUUCUGUGCUUCAGAGUCUGUCUGCUGAGCCUGUUGGGUUGAAUGUAGGACUGUGGGGGCACAGGUCCAUCUGCCAUUGUGUGCAUGGAGCUCCUUUCCCUUUCCACUUUGGCUCUGCAGAGCCAAUGGUCGCUCCUCUCUCUGCCAAAGUGGCAGCACUUGACUUGUGCCAUGACCAGCCUGAAAUCCUGUGACUGUGCCACUGCCCUAGGGUGGUAGUAAUGGGAAUCUCCAAAGAAUACUGUUCUUUCCCCUUACUACUCCUUCAUAUUGCUCAAAGUUGGGUUCAAAAUAAAGUUUCCCUUCACCCAA